AAAUUUGUAAUUUUUAAGAUAAAUUAAGGGUAUUAUCGAUUUUUAUUACUUUUGGAUGAGUUUACUGUUUCUGGAAGCGUUUAAAAAUCUCAUCCAGAAUUCCCGAAAAAUCCGGAUGAGUUGUGAAAAUAUAUUUGGAUGCUGCGUCCAACUUAACCGCCUAUUUCGCACCAAACGAACAUCGGUCCGCGUCUGCGUCUGGAUGCCGCGUCCAGUUCACGAAACGAACAGGGCCGUUGUUGAAGAGGGCCUGAGAAAACACUUGGCAUCACGUGGAAUAAAGCUAAUACAUGCUUUUGCUCACGAACUAGACUUCAAUCGUACUAUUCUCUGCAGAUGCGGAUUAAUCUAUGUUAACGAAGAAGAUGAAGAAAAGGCGUUGACGUGUGAUGGAAGUGACAUGGGAGGAAGUAUUUUACGAGUUACGGCUUACCCUUUUGACAGCAAUCGCCUUGACCAUUUCUUUGCUACUCCCGAAGCACAAGACAAAUACCGACAGCGCGUGUUGAAUGUUACAGGAUUUGAUACUUGCCUUGCUGAGGAUAAGGUCGAGGAGAUGGCACGUUCGGUUUUCCCUGGAUCCUAUUGUUCUGUUUUGGGGGAAGUGGUUUUCGUUCAUCUCCGUGGAAAAGAUGCUAUUGAAAAGGCUCUGAAACUUAGCGGACGUUCUGCGGGAGGCUUUAAUCUUGUUGUUAAUGCUGUCCUCCCACUAAGAAAGGAUGGCGGCGGUGGCGUCUCUCUCGCACGUACGUUACUUUCUUCAUUCUUUUUUUUUUUUUUGUUGUGUAAAACCGUUCAUUCAUUUGUAUGUUUGUUUGUUUCAGGUAGGUUGGCUAUGGCUGAGAAAGAUGAAGCAGCUAGGUUGGCUGAAGCAGCUAGGUUGGCUAAGGGUAAGAGAACUAAAGCAGCUAGGUUGGCUAAGGCUGAGACAGCUAAAGCAGCUAGGUUGGCUAUGGCUGAGAAAGAUAAAGCAAUUCUAUCUGAGGGAAAUCAGAAGUCGAUCAUGACUACCGACUAGAAAUCUCUCUCUCUCUCUCUCUCUCUCUCUCAAAUGCUGUCUCGUGUUAUUAACUUGUCUUGCAAUGCCACCUCCUUCUUUUCUCUUUUCUGAAUGUUGAAUGUUAUAUGUUUUGUCUGGAUUUUAAAUAUGUUUUUAUGCGCGUGUGUUGGUUUUUAUGAUAAAACUCUGUAAUAACACUGACAAACUUGGUUGUCCAAUCAAGUUUUUAGUAACUUAAAAAGACUUAACGUUAAUAAAUCUACGUUCCGCAAAAUGAAAUAUUAAUCCAA